AUGGCAAACCACCCUUCACUCGAUUUCCUCCUUGAUGGCGGUUUGAUCCCUUCUUUACCUACAAACGGCAAAGUGGGACAUCAAGAACUGAUGGGUAUGGGUAUGGGAAUCAAACGGCCUUCCCAUAGUCCACCCCUCAACUUCAAUCUGCCCGCUCAACCUGCGAUACCACCUACCCAUCCUGUGACAUCCCCUCCUCAACCUGUAUAUGGAUUACCUUAUAUGCCCAGUAACCUACCUCCUAGAUUUCCAUCGAACCAACCACUCACCCAACAAGUUGCGGUCACUAGGAGUUCUUCGGAGGGCAAGAAACCUAAUGUACAUGGAUUGGGUCAUGAUCAGUACAGCAGUAGAAAGACGCAUGGACAUGAGUUGGGACAUGGAAAGAAUCAUUCAGUCUCUAACAUCCCCCCAUCCCACCACCAACCUCAAUCUGAGUUCCAUUCUUCUGGCCAGGUGAAUGAGAACUUCCUAUCAGUUCGAAGAAGUUUAUCAUUCAACCAAAUCCAAAUACCUCGAUCACUGAUUCCUGGUGAUGUGUCCAGAAUACAUCAUUCGAUAUCUGAUUCAGCUGUUCAUUCGAAUUCACAUAAACGAUCAAUAUCAACUUCGACAACUCAUCCUGCAUCUUAUUCGGACAAUCAACCUAGUGGGAUCAGAUUAGGCAAUAGAGGUGACGAAGAGGUGAUUAAGCAUCUAUUGGACAUUCUAGAUUCGUUAAUACCGAAAGAAAGAGCUCUAGAUAACAUCCCAGAUGGAAAGGGGGUGUUGAAUCCUUUGAAUUUGUUAAUUCCCCUUUCGAUCAUGUUAGAAGCGUUAGUCAAUGAACGAACUAUCCUGAAAGACGAAUCAUCAAUGGUCAGUGAAAGUAAGUUACCAUUAUUGGCUGAUGGGGUGAGUAUGGUAUUAGAGGAUGGUGAAGUGAAUUGGAAUAUAUUGAACUGGUAUAUAACUUCUUUCGGCCAACUUUUGAAUGGUUUGAUACCUUUCCUCACCGUCACUCGUAAUCCACAUAUUCAGGAGCAAGAUCAAGAGAUAUUAGAGGAUCUGAUGAGAUCGAUCAAAGUGUAUAUAACAAAGAUGAAAAAGAUUCUGGGGGAGAUAGCUUCGCUGUAUGUGGAUAGAUAUUCUUUUGUAAGAGGUUGGUGGGAUGAGGAGGGAAUGAAAAGUUCUGCGGGGGAGGUGGGUAGAUGGGCGGAUAUGUUUGACAUAUAG